UAUUUAUAAUACUUAAGUUACUAUAGUCUAUCACAAAACGAAACAUGCUAUUCCAGACCAAAACUAACUGCAAAGGGUGCUGUUAGAAUAUUAUUCAUUCGUUCUACAACGAUAUUUAUUAGAUGGAACAAAUUUCAAGCAAAAAACGAGGUGCUGCUAGAUUGGUAUUGUUGAUAAUAUUUUGCUAACCGAUAAGCCUUGUUCGCAAAAGAGUGUUUGCACUGGGCAUUGAAUUCAUCUAUAUCCGUAAAAAGUUGAACAAAGUUGAGUGGUUUCCGCUAACGACAUAUCUACAUUCAUCAAGUUCUUGCGUGAUACAUCUUUACUCGUAGUUUAUUCUGGCUAGCUAUCAUGUCGUGCCAUAGAGACCAGCCUGAGGCCCCGGCCUGGUUGAACGACGAGUUCUUCCGUGAUGUGAUGCGCGAAUCAAAUAACGAUUCGUCGAUCGAGCUGACCAGUGCCUGCAUUUUACGUCCUGGUACGAACAAAAAAGAUCACUAUGGUAGUGUAAUGUUCCGGACCACCGUCGCGUAUCAAUCAAAGCGCUUAGCUGAUGAAAAGUUCGUUGAUAUUAUCAUGAAAACGAAGCCUGAAGCAGACGGAUUGAUGAAAGAUCUGCUAGACGACGAUGGAUUGUUUGUGGUAGAAAUCGAGAUGUACAGCAAGGUUCUACCAGAAGUGACACGUUUGUUGAAGGAAAUAGGAGAGGAGUAUAAGUAUCCUCGAUACAUCUAUGGUACGAUAAAGCCGCACACUAUCCUUAUUUUGGAGGAUAUUAGUGGUCAAGGAUGGGUCGAAGGUGAUCUUAUCAACACGCUGGACGACAUGAAGCCGAUAGUGAAAAAUGUAGCCAUGCUCCAUGCAGCGUCCGUGAUCCUGGAAAGCUCUGAUACUACAGUUGUGACCAAAUUUCGUCAUACGAUGGCUCAUAAGUUUUUGGGCUUAGAAGGAUUAGUUAGAAAAGGGUUUGGAGAUUUGAUGCAGCUUACAGAGCUGUAUCCGGAAUUUGCGCAAUUUGCCAAGCCUUUAGUGAAGUUUCAGCAAAACCUGCGAGAUUUUUUUGACAGCAUUUUUAAGCCAACGAAAUCGAUACAAAGCGUAUUAAUACAUGGCGAUUGCCAUACAAAGAAUCUGCUCCAUCAGCUUGACGCUCACGGAAGACAUACUGAAACCAUCUUACUUGAUUAUCAGAUCUGCUGCUGGACCUCACCGGCCAUUGAUUUGUACUAUAUGCUGGAUCUAAUACCAACGCAAGAAAUUAAGGACAAUUAUCGCUAUGAGUUGGUCUAUUUGUAUCAUCAACAGUACAGCAAUCUAUUGAAACGGCUGGGAUUUAAAAGAAACAUACCAUCCCUACAAGACUUGAACAUAGAACUAAUACGAUGUGCUGGACUUGAGCUGUUCCACUAUGCGGCUUUUAUGUCAUACCGGUUCAUGGAUCAAUGUGCGAUCGAUGUUGAGGCAUUACUAAAGGGUGAACUAGAAAAUCCUGUGACGAAAAAUGAAGAGUACAAGAAGAUUAUGCAUACCGAGCUAACACGAUUGCUUCAUCAAGGAACUUUAACAAACGACUAAUUCUACUUUGUGUUGUUUUGCAUAGAUCUAUCGAUUUAUCGGAUUCUGUUUUUGAUAUAUUUUUCCUUUUAGAAAUUGCACUGUAGUGUUGGCAAAUGAAAUACUGGAAUUAUCAUAUUACAUGCAUGUGCUUCUUUAUAACUGCUGCUUGUAUGGAUGAAACUUAACGAAAUAAAGUGGUCGAGUAAAAAUAGAAUGGUAUUUUUUUCUCUUUCUCUCUCUCUUUUCUCUCUCCUAUUCUCUCUCUCACUCUCACUCUCUUUACUAUCCUAUUCUUACUCCUCCUAUUACUAUUUGUGGUACUGGUAAAAACAAUACGAAACGUGCAAACCCACAUCAUGCUUCAAUCAAAUAUAUGUUGUGCAUUGGUUGCUGUAUGCAAAUAGAAGGCGUUGUUGGAAGGCGAAGAUUUUUGGCAGCGUAACGUCCUAUCUUGACAGUCCGAACGAAUCUGGCCUGCCAUGGUCGGAGUUGGUUUUAUUCAUACUCAAUAGAUGUUAUGGGUUUCGUACAUUUGGUUUUGGAAUGUGUUUUUGUCCCAAUUAAAGCUUAUUGAUAUGAGAUGCGAUUUAUACAUUGUGCCUAUGCUGCGCUUUUAGUGUUCAUACGAAUGUUCUGGAAAGUUUCAACUGUUCUAGCCAAAGAACGGGUGCGAUAGCCGGUCUUUGCCUUCGCUGCCGAAGGCAUGCCGAUUGCUUAAAUUAAGCGCUCUUAAAUUAAGAUUUUGUAUCGUUUUCAACACGCUUAAAAAAUAGCUUUCCAAAAAGGAGCAAUUGCUUUUGCAGCAGUACUUCAUAUUUAAUACAAUUACCCGGUACUGAACAACAGAGACUAUAAAAAAUCAUUCCUUCGUCAGGAGAGGUUAGUCAAGAGAUACUAAAUGGAGAAUGGUUAAAAAAAAAACAGCGAAUAGUGUUUGAUAGAAUCGAAUGACAAGGCGUAUUCCUCGAGUGGAUUAGCAAACAUACCUACUGCUAUGAUGUAUAAGUUUUCGCACACUAGAGCAAAAGAACAGAUAAAAACUGUAGAAGGCACAAUUCUAUUUAAAGAUAAGAUGUUCAUUACUAGACGAUAGUCUCGUUGACGCUGUUACCACGAUCGUAUCGCAAUACCGUGUAGAGUUGUGCAUACUUAGUUAACAUUUGAAGUGG